ACAACAAACACAUGCUUCCGCGGUAUCAAUGGAGACGUGACUCGGCCUAUUGUUGCGCGGUUUGUUCCACGAUUUCGUAAAGUUAAAAUAACAUUUUCCUGCAAAUAUACAAUUGUAGGGAUAAAUACUUUCACAUCAUAUUUUCUAACCUUUUUCUCGAAGUUUUUCACAAAAUUUGAACAAUUCACUCUAUAUAUUUGCAAUAAUAAACGAAGUUUUAAUUCGAACUAUAUUUCUUGCCCAAUAAUACCAAUGAACUUUUCCCAAACUUUUCGCGUAUAGUCUAGUCUCUAUGGAAAUGACCCAGAAUGACCUCGGGUCACCAGUUGACCCUUACGUUAUUAUCGCAUAUUGUAAACACGAUCAAGAAAAGAAAAUCUGAAGUUCUGAAUCUCCUGAUUGUUGUAUGAUUAGCUGAAAUACGAUCGUGUUAAGAUGAAUCAGCUUCAGAAUCUCCUCCAUGAUGCUUUGAUAGCUACAGGUCAUGUAGAGAACUGUGCUAUCAUUAGAAGAAAAGAUAUCUCUCUCAGAGCAAGCUCAGCUGGAUUCACACUCACAGGAGAUGAGAUGCAGAAGAUGAUAGAUGCAUUCAAAGACCCUCCCAGAACAAGAUUAGAAGGUCUAUACUUCCAUAAUAGACUAUACAAGUGUGUCAGGGCAGACAAGAACUCCAUCUAUGCUAAAUGUGAUAAAGAUGGUAUCGUGCUAGUGAAGACUGCUACUCUAGUUAUCAUGGGAACAUACUCGGACAAUAUGUUUCCAAGCGUGUGCGUGGAAGCCAUUGAAAAACUAGCAUCAUACUUCAUAGAGAAGAGCAAAUGAAAGACUGCUGGUUCUGAAGAUUCAAUGUCUCAUUCCAGACAACAGAGGGAGCACUCACUCUAUCAAUGAAGAUAGCAAUGCCUACCAUCCAACAUAUCUUUAUAGCAUUCACAGGGUGCUCUCUCUAUGAUGCACUUUUUACGAGGAUAUAAGCUUUCUUAAAAAUGAAAGUCAAAACAGGUGAAAAAAAGGGCAAGUGAGAAUGAGAAAAGUUUGUCCUUUUCCAAAAAGGUAAAACUCUUUCUUUGCAUGUAUGGGUUGGCUGGGCCCAAGAUAUUCUAAUUCCGUCCAAGAUUUUUUAUCACUAUCCCAUGCGAGAGAAAUUUGAGAAUAACAUGUACAGAUAAGUCUGCCUAAAUCUCUUUUGACCACAUACAUGUAGAUUAGUUAUAUGCAGGUAAUUUCAUACUUUGCAUGUUUCUGGUCUGUUGUAGAGAGAGAGUUGUGUCUGAACACAAAUCAUAAAUCUUUGUUUCCUGGUUCAAAACUAUUGCUUUUGAUGUUUAGGAGUUGUGUGUGUUUGAUUACAACUCUUUCUGCAACGAACCGAGGGGGGAUGUUUCACAAAAAGAUUUAAGUAUCACUAAUGGAGCGUUGCAAGAAGCUUGCAAUGAAUUGCAUGUCUGUUUUCUGUCCCUCAAUAAUCAAUCAUAAGCUUUGAAAUUAAAUGCGAUUUUGAGAUUGAUUGCUUAUCUGCUUCUUGAAACAAGCAGUUUAUUAAAUUGGUCUAUCAAUUGUAUAAUUGGAACAGCAUAUUCGUAAUUGAUUGCAAAUAUUUUAUCGCAACACCCUCUUAGAGUCAUGAUUAAAUGCCUAGUUUCGUGCACUAUAAAAUGCAUGACUGCAGUGGUCAGAUCAUGCCAAGAGGACGCACAGUACUGCGUAUUAAUCUGUAAGAGUGCGCGUUGCUUAUAUCGUAUACUCGUCGGCAUUUAAGUACGGCUCUAGGUCAUACUUGAAUCUUCGUGAACCACCCCACCCCCUGGCCUGGAAAAGUUCUUCCAAUUAGCUGAUUACUUGAUGUAUACAUGUAGGUCGACUUAGAGAAACUUACAUGUAACUGUACAUGAAAUGUACUUGAUGUGUUUAUGUGUUUAAGAAAAACAGCAGCUGAAUUGAUCUAGUCAUCUCCUAUUUGUUCCAAAGAUUUCUCACCUUGGCGGUCAUUUUAAUUAGGUUUUUAGAGGAAUUUGAUGUUAUACAAUGAGAUUACAUGCUUAUGCAUGGUUUUCAAAUAUUUAAUUUCAUUUUUCUUGAAAGUUUGAUAUGAGAAGUUCUGCAAAAAAUAACUUUGAGCCUUAAAAGCUUUUAGGGAAGUUAUAUUGAUUGUCAUGCUUGUGUAUUGAAAUACUUGCAUGUGAAUUCUGUUUUCUGUUGUGAAGUUAACACUCAGAUGAUAUGACGAAAAUUGAUGUUAAUCAAGCAUUGGAGAGAGAACAGGCCUCAAAUUAUGAAUACAGUUUUCAAAUUUGAAUGUUUUUUUUUAGAGGGGUUUUGGAAUGGCUUUGUACUGAUUGUAGGUUUCAAUUGUGUACCUCUUGCUUCAAAAUUAUAUUAAAAUGUUUUUUUUUUAUUCAAAAUUGAAACUGUCAAACAUUCCAUAUCAAGAAUCAUAGUUCUAUACUCUAUAUUUUGGAGCUAUUUUAUUUCAGCUUCACAACAAUGCAGGAGAAUAACGUUUUCUUGGAUUUCUUGUGUCUUGUUAGUUACAUGUGUAGAGGUUAACAUCAAGUAUCAUCAGACUUAUAUGAGCCCCAAACAAUGUACUAGAAAACUCCAUAGAGACUGCUUCAUGGAGAAAUACAGUUCUAGGCUUUACCUUUCUAGUGUAAGAAGUGUAGGAAGUUCAUCAUUUUAAAUGUUCUUUUGAAAUUUAAAGUGCAAUAUUAAUGUAAUAUGUAUUGCAAAAUGUCUGUGUAUUCUACAUGAUGUAAAAUUGGAUACAAUUUAAAUUGUUUUUCUUGUAGUUUAUCCUCCCUUGGUUUGUCUCUCUCUAUCUCUCCCUCUUUCUCUUCCCCCUCUUCUUCUUUCCCCUCUUUUUUUUCCUUUCUCUACCAAGAACUUCAGUAGCUUAUAACAACAGUCGGUAAAAAUCACUGAUAAAAAUUGGUUUCAUGAAAUGCUCCUACAAUGAGAUGUCAGGGCCCCGUCUUACAAAGAGUUACGAUUGAUGCGAUCAAUCGCCGAUUGAUGCGAUCAGUCGCAAGUAUGGACGGCCAGCAACGUCAACAUGUAUUAUUCAUGUUUCUUCAAAAUAUUUUCUAACUAUGAUCUAUAUUCAUGCAUUCAUUGUUUUCUUGAAAAUUCACUGUGCUUCUCUUUGUUUACCAAGGACAUUUUGCAAAUUUCCUAUAGAAAAAAUUAUGACACUGAAGGAUUUCCAUAGAGUUACGACUGAUUAGAUAAAUCGUAACUCUUUGUAAGACAGGGCCCUGAUCAGACUUGUGAAGUCAAUUAAGCAUAUUAGGUUAUAAAUAGUUUUUUAUUUUUGCUGGCAAUUAUUAUAAUAUACUGAAAUCAUUUCAUCUGAUUGGCUAAAGAGCAAUUUGUCAGUGACAAUCACUGACAAGUUGCUUCAGUGACACAACAUUUCCUCCUGCGACAUUUGUUCUAGUCUUAACAUCUCAGAGAGCAUAGGUUUAGAGUUAGGAUUGUAAUAGACUCUUUGGUUCAGAAUAAUGUAAAGAUAAGGAUUAGGGUUUAUUUAGUUUUGGAGGUAAGAUUUUAUGUUUGGCUGAAUGUGCAGAUUUUCUAUCGGAGCAAUUGUCGCCGGAGCAAAUGUCAUGGAACCGUUGCUUCAUGACUUACUACCCUGGUGGAGUAUUGAAUUACCAUCAGAGGAAUCCUGAGAAAAUUUCUUUUGUUGUAUGGUCUCAAAUGUCUUACCAGUACCCAUACCAAUUUUGUGGGUCGACAUUGGGCUUCUUAUUCAAUAAAAUCACUGGGAGGGGGGGUACUAUACUGUAAUAUCAUAUUAUAGCAUAGAAACUUAUGUCUUUAUUGAAUGUGAUCUUGAACAUACCUAAUGCUACAUGUAUGGUGACAGCAGCAAAACUGACUUUAAAAUGAUCGAUUAUAUACAAUUCAUAAUAGCUUUGAUCAAUCUGGAGUUAGUUUUGUUGGUGUUAUAGUAGCAUUAUGCCAAAACAUGUUAAACUUUGAGUGACCUAUUAUGGAGAUUCUGUCAUCAACAAGUUCAACAACAUUUUAAUGAUUUUCAGGGUUUUUUAUUUACUGGUAGAGUGUGUAAUGUUAUUGGAAAAUGACAUUAGAUGACUUUCCAUACCUGAAGUUUGAAGGAAGGAGUAUGUUUAUAGUUGUUACCUUGUCUUUCUACUGAUUUAUUUUUCAAAAUUAUUUUCAAGAAGAUCUUGAUGUAUAUAUUUUUCUCAUGAGGUAUUAUUCUGUAAUGUUGAUGGAUUAUUUUAUAAAGAAAAUUGUAAAAGAUAAAAUCUGAAAGAAAUUA